AUGAAGGUCAAGCUCAAGAAAUGGAAUGCCAUUGCAACCUGGCAUUGGGAUAUGCCCGAAGAUGAAGUCUGUGGUAUCUGUCGUGUCCAAUUUGACGGAACCUGUCCGACCUGCAAAUUCCCGGGUGAUGAUUGUUCUCUCCUACUCGGCAAAUGUGGCCAUUCAUUUCAUAUGCAUUGCCUCUUGACCUGGAUCGAGCAAGAGACGUCCAAGGGCCUAUGUCCUAUGUGCCGACAAAAAUUUGAAUGGAAGCAAACUGAGGAGUAA